AUGGCGGAGGUGAUUCUCCUGAGGACGUCAUCGGGGAUCUGGAAAGAGCACUCAGUUUUGACUGGCGCUCAUCGCAUCGUUUGUUGCUUCACAUCGCAGAUGCCCCUGGCCAUCCUCCUGUGCAGGGCAAAGAAAAAUGCUGCAUCGAUUUUCAAAGACAUGGUGUCCAAACAGAUUCAGUACGCCCUCUUAGCUGUUGGCGACAGUGUUCAGCAUAUGUCGGAUGAAUUUGCGGAACAUGUUGAAGCAGCAGGGUCGCGGUUGCCUAUGCGCAGCAUGUUGGUAGAUAGUUGCACACCGGAUGUGUUCAAAGACCGUGUCAUGGAUGCAGCAAUGGAUGCUACACCGUAUGGUAGCUUCACAUACCUUUGGCAGUACGUUUUCUUCGCUAUCAAAGCGAAGCCGGGUCGUGACCAGGAGGUCAUCAUCGUCACGGAUGGUAUCGACAAUGACUCCGAUGAGGCUUUCCGUGGAACCAACGGCUUCAACUACAUGAUGGAGUUGUUGACAGGUUUGGGCAUCAGCAUCCCUCGCAUGAUCAUCUAUUGCAUCGGCAACGAGGAUUGCGUCAAGGCACGCUACCAGGAGUUGGCGAUGGCCUCAGGGGGUGAUUGCUUCUAUGGCAAAGGAGCCAAAGAUGCGUUCGUUGCUCAUGCGCUCCUGACGCAUGCUGAACGCCAGGCGAAGGCCAAGGCUCAGAAGCAGCAGUAUGCGGCGAUCACCAGCGAAGGCGAUAGGUUCUCGUGGUUCCUGCCGGUUCCAGUGGAACCUGAGUCGGCACAAAUUAAGCCAUCGGCUUCCUGCAAUCGCGGAGCUCACGGAGCUAGGGUUUGCAGUCGCUGA